AUGCCUUCGUUCCUCAAGGACUUCCGCCGGAGGUCCAUCAGAAGCUUCCGCACCGAUACUUCGUCCUCGGAACCAGCCAACACCGGCUCCAACGGUUCCGGCACCUCCAUUCCUACCAGCAAAAGCUCGUCCACCCUUAGCUCCGUCUACCAGCAAACCACGCCGCCCCCUUCGCUUCCCGGCGAGAGCUCCUUCACCAACUCCAAAGCCGUGAAUGGUGGCCCUACCCCAAUUCCUCCCGUCCCCCACCUACCUUCCAGGCCCAACACAACCGCCACAAAGCGCAUGAGUUCAGUCGGUCUCAAUGGCUUGGCGACCCCGCCGCCGAAGAAUCCGCCCACGUCGCCUUAUGCGCCGCGCGUCCUCUCGAUCGACAAUCGGGCAAUGGUCUAUCAAAAGGUUCUGCUGAUAUCAGGCGUCAUCGGCGAAUCCGACACAAAGACGUUGGACGGCUCCAUCACCGUCAAUCAUGACAAGGAUAAUUUCCCACAAACCACCUGGCCCGUGUCAGACUCGCACUUCAAGGCUCUGGUAGUCUUGCAGCCCGGUGCCAACACUCUCCGCCUCGACUUUAGCUCGCCCAAGCUGUCCAGCAGCGGCACCUCCAUCCCUGCCCAUUCCUCAUGGAUCGACAUCACGUACCUCCCCUUGAACUCCUCUCCGCCCCUCCACUUGGCUAUAAUUCUCGGUAAGGACUCUCCCGGUACAUACGACGCGGUGCCCGACCGUGUGCAGAAUGAGGGCAACGGACUGGAGACGGCCAUACGCAAGUUCCGCAUGUCUGCCUAUCUAUGGCAAGCCUUUACCGGAGAGCAAAUGUUCCGCAACGGCUUUGGCCGUCGCUGCUGGAGAUAUGAAGAGGAGUGGCAGCCUGGUACUCUCACAUACAACGACCAACUGACUGGCCAAUACCGCAACGAGGCCAAGAUCCACAUCAUCAGGAGUGACAAGACUGUGGCGGAGCUCCGUGACCUGAACAUUGCCCAACAAUAUGAGAAGGCUACAGACAAGGGAAAGCUUUUCGGAAUCGCCAUGGAUGCUGUCAAGGGAUACUUCAGACCGAAGGCCGGCCAAAAGCAGUACGUUUCCUGCAUGUUCCUCGACACCCACUGGGAUUCUCAAGAAAAGGUUGUCCGUGGCCACGCGGCGCUCGGCGGUGGAGACGGUGAGGUUGGCUUGGCCAUCUUUGGCUCCCAUGCUCUGCAGACCUACCCUGCAAGUAUCGAGGAAGUUGUCCCGACUUUCACCGACUGCACCAAGACUGAUACCAACUUUGUUGCCAAUGACUGCAACGAAUCCGGUAGUGUUUGGGAAGCCGCGAACAUUGGAAUCGGUGCCCACCUCCAUGAGACCGGCCAUUUGUUUGGCUGCCCCCAUCAGGAGUCUGGUGUCAUGCUCAGGGACUAUGUCCGCCUGAACCGAACCUUCACCACCCGUGAACCCUUUUCCACCCGAACUCAAUCCCCCGGCCAGAGUCUCUGCACCCGUGAGGAUGAAUGCGGAUGGCACCGACUUGACACUCUGCGAUUCCGUUUCCACCCCUGCUUCCGUCUCCCUCAGGAUAGCCCUCUUCCCCCUGACGAUAGCGUUCAGGUUUGGACCGUUGAUAACUCUAACAUCCUGAUCACUGCCGAGUCUGGGAUAGCUUGGAUCGAGCUCUACCCUGAAGGCGACGACGUCUGCCACACUUGGAUCGAGUAUCUGCAGAACGACGGCAACAUGGGUGGCCCGCGCCUGCUUACUGUGACGGAGGCCGACCUUCGCGCCAAGCUCCCCUCGAACAAGCGUAAGAAGCCUCUUAAAAUGGAGGUGUUUUCUUAUGGUGGCUCGAAGCAUGUAGUGGACGAUGUCAGCAAACUUUCUGCAAAAUCCAACAGGACUAAGCUCCCUGACGGUCGAAAGGGGUUCAUUGGCUCUAAGCUUGGCUUCUCGCAACUUGAGGGUUCUCAGCCGCAAGAGGUGCUUCUGUCGAGCUCCUACAUCACAAAGAAGCGGAUUGUGUUGAUGUCGAUCAAAGUCUACCACGGUUUUGCCAUCGACGGUAUUGAGUUUUUCUAUGACGACGAUACCAGCCAACUUUUCGGAAAGCGUGGUGGUAAGCCUGGUGGCGAUGAGUUCAAGCUGGACACGGUGAAGGGCGAGAUCCUAAUGGGCUUCUAUCUUCGCGCUGGACUGUGGAUCGACGGACUCCAAAUUUUGACCAACCGGAACAGAAAGAGCGAGAUCUACGGCAAUGCAACCGGGGGCAGUGGUCAUACCCUAAUUCCUCCCCGCGGCUACGGCAUUGCCGGCAUCUCCGGCUCUUGUGGGCAAUGGAUGGACGGCUUCUCCUUAAUCAUUGCGCGUUGA